GUGACCCCGCCCCCCGCCCGCGCGGUGCACGCCGGGAGGGGGCGGGGCCGGGCGGUGUCAUGGCGGCGCCCAUGGUGGAAGCCCCCCAGGGGGCCCCUCCCCCCCCCGGGACCACCCACGACGCGGAGCCCCCCCCGGAGGAGCCGGAGGCCUUGGAGUUCCCCCCCUCCGCCCUGGGCCGCCCCCCCCGGCCGGUGUGGGGGGCGCGGGAGGAAUUCGCCCACCGGCCCCACAACUUCCUCCGGGGCUGCAAGUGGGCCCCCGACGGCUCCUGCGUCCUGACGUGCAGCGACGACAACACCCUGCGCAUCUUCGACCUCCCCUCCCCCCCCGCGCCCCCCCCGGGGCUGCCCCUCCCCCAGCUGGUGCCGGCGCUGCGGGUGCCCGAGGGCGACACCAUCUACGACUUCACCUGGUUCCCUCUGAUGGACUCGACCCAGCCCCACACCUGCCUGGUGGCGGCCAGCAGCCGCGACAACCCCGUGCACCUCUGGGACGCCUUCGACGGGACCCUGCGGGGGUCCUUCCGCGCCUACAGCCACCUGGAGGAGCCGGUGGCCCCCCACUCGCUGGCCUUCGCCCCCGACGGCUCCCGCCUCCUGGGGGGCUGCGACGGCGCCGUCCGCGUCUUCCCCACCCAGCGGCCCGGGCGCACGGGCCAGGAGCGCCGCCUGCACCAGGGGGGGCAGGGCCAGCGCGGCCUGAUUGGCUGCCUGGCCUUCAGCCCCACCCAACCGUUGUUCGCCUGUGGCUCCUAUGGGCGGAGCCUGGGGCUGUACGCCAUGGAGGGGGGCGGGGCCUUGGCGCUCUGGCCCCGCCUCCCCGCCGCCCCCACCCACCUCUGCUUCAGCCCCGAUGGGAACCGCCUCUAUGCGGGGGGGCGCAAGGACCGCCACAUCCUGUGCUGGGACCUGCGGCGCCCCGAGCACCCCCUCCUGGGGCUGGAGCGGUGGGUGGGCACCAACCAGCGUGUGACCUUUGACCUCGACCCGACAGGGCGGUUCCUGGUGAGCGGAGACACCGAGGGGUUCGUCGCCGUCUGGGACACGCUGACCCCCCCCCCGGGGUCGGGGGACCCCCCCCUGCUGCCCCCCCACCUGCGCUUCCGCGCCCUCCGCGACUGCAUCAACGGCACCAGCCUACACCCCGAGCUCCCGCUGUUGGCCACCGCCUCGGGGCAGCGGCUGUUCCCGGCGCCGUGGGGCAGCGACGAGGAGGGGGCGGACGAGGACGGGCCCCCCCCGGGGGGCGACAAUCGCCUGCAGCUGUGGUGGUGGGGACCCGACCCCCCCGGGGACGACGGCUGGGGCACCCCCGGGGACACCGGGACCGCGGAUGACGACUGUCACCCUCCCGGGGACGCCGACUGUCACCCCCCUGGGGACGCCGACUGUCACCCCCCUAUGGAUGCUGACUGUCACCCCUCUACGGACGCCGACUGUCACCCCCGUGAGGACACCGACUGUCGCCUCUCUGGGGACAACGGCUGGGACACCCCUGGGGACACCAGGACAGUGUAUGACAGCUGUCACCCGCCCAGGGACACCGACUGUGACGUCCCCGAGGACACCGGCAUCAACCACCCCGCCUACGCCGACUGUGACGCCCCUGGGGACGCCGGUUGUGACCCCCUGCGGGGCUACUGACUGUCACCCCUCUGGGGACACCGGGACCAUGGGUGCCGAUUGUCACACACCCCCCCUCCCCGGGGACCCCAGGACCAUGUAUGACAACUGUCACCCCCCUGGGGACACCGACACCCCACCGGCUGUGACCUACACCCCACGGGGACGCCCGGGACUGGUGUGAUAUGGUGGCCUUCGGGGGGGUGUUUUGGGGGGGGGG